AGGCCGCGCGGCCCGGCCGGGAAUCCAGGUGGUAGCUGUCGGAGUCGCCUCCGGAGAGUGACGCGCAGACUCGGCUCCCCCGCGGCCCGCCCUCCUGCCGGCCUCGCCGCGGUCUCCCUUGCUCCCUGAGAUCGCUGAGCGCUGAGCAGCGGCCCGGGGGAGGAGGCCUUGGGCGACGGGGCGCGGAGAGGGAGGGCGGGCGGGCAGUGGGGGCGCCGCGGAUCUCUAUAUGGCGACGGCUCUGUCCGGUCUGGCUGUCCGGCUGUCGCGCUCGGCCGCCGCCCGCUCCUAUGGGGUCUUCUGCAAGGGGCUGACCCGCACGCUGCUCAUCUUCUUUGACUUGGCUUGGCGGCUGCGCAUCAACUUUCCCUACCUCUACAUCGUGGCUUCCAUGAUGCUCAACGUGCGCCUGCAGGUUCACAUUGAGAUCCACUGAAGGCCAUCCUUGACUGAUAGGCCUCACCCGACUCACUGCAUCAGAGGGCACAGAGCAUGAAGGCUGGGAGAGGGACCCUGGGUGUCUGCUUGGCCAAGCAGUCACAAGGAGGUGACCCGGACAAACUAGCAUGUGGCCUUAAGAAAAGAAGUCAGAAAAGGAACCCCAGCCCAUCAGUUGUGCCUUCUUGGACAGACCAGCCUGUAGCAGAUAGCCAUGGAAAGUCACGGGCCACGGUGGCGGCAGCCUCAGAAAUGAAGCAUGGUCAGAGCGAAGCCAGCCUCCUGUGUCAUGGUGGCUUCAAAGUGCUUCAGUCUCUGAAGGGAUCAAUGGGGAGAAAUUCAGCCCCAGCAGCCUCCCUCGGCAAGGCUGUGGCUCUGUCCCCCGCUCCUUCAGAAGAACAACUAGCCGGGGUGUCCCGUGGCAUUGGGGAUGCACUAGGAAGUGACUGGCCAGGAAGAGAGCCCAGAGCCACUGACAACUGUGGACUAUACCUCAAAGGAGAGUCCUGGGUGUCAGGACGGCCAGGCCAUCCAAAACUGAGGGAAGUGCGAUUCCUAAGAGGUGACCCACUGAGUGCUGUCCCCAAGGGGCUAGGCACCUGGUCAGAACUGUCUCACCGAUACUCUGAGCUGUGCCAGCUGCCGUAUGCUUACCCCUACUAUAAAGUUCUCCCAGAAGACGAGCUGAGAUGUGUGUCCCUUGACCGUUUCAAUCCCGUGCUUUCAGAGGAAACAGUAAAAGAUGAGAAAGCUCUCAAGUACUUCAGAUGGUCCGCAGAUAGUUGUGGGGUCACUGGCUCUGCAAUCUUCCAGAUUAGCAAGUCUCUGAUGCCAUAGUUAAGGUUCAAGCAGAGCAAUAAAAAUAGCAGAUUAACUUUAAUAAAGGUGGUCUUACAGUUUCUUUUGCAUUAAGUCUGGCGUAUGCUGCAGCCGUUCAGUUCCUGUUGUUUCCUGUGAACCAGAUGCACCUCGGUGGUUGAUGCAGAGGGACGUCUUCGAGCAUGUUCUCAAUCGUUUCGGAAAGAUGCCCAGAACUGGGAACCCCUCCCCACCCCUCACCCCCGGGAAAAUGAUUGAUCUGCUCCGUAUAAGAUCAGACAGGAGCCUUUAUCGCAGAGUUCUAAAUCAUGGAAGACCCAUCCUCAAGGGCUAGCGUCCGGAUGCCACCUGCCUCAGCUCCCCUCUGGCCAUCUGAUGGAAGUGGAGGCCUGUAGGCUAUGCCCUCCACUUCUUGUCAGCCUUGCUUCGGUCAUGAAGAGUCUUGCUUGCCAUUUCUGCACUGUACAGACUCGGUGACCUGCAGCCAGAGGUCCCUUCUCACAUGUGCCCCUCCUUCCGCCUGAGUUGCAGUUUUUAGUGGAGGCGCUUUGGAGAAGUUGCAAUAUCACAUUUAGGAUAAUUUACAAUUACAGAAGAGUCUGAGGCUUUCCUGCCGACAGAACACAGACGGCAAACGAAGCAAUGAAGCGUUUUCCUUUACACCGGCCCAGGACUUGUGAUUUCUUUUACGUUAAGAUUUUUUUCCAAAGUGACUCUCCCUUUGUGGUUUGGUAACUUUAAUAAAGGUCAUUUAAAGAGUGGACAUUUUAAAGCCUCCCUACCCAAGACAGAGUUAAAAACAGCCAUGGGAGAGUUAGGGACCUGACUGUAUGUCAUUUCUAUUGUGUCCUAAAUUACUAUGCCAUGGGCUAUUUUAGUGUUUUGGGAAAAUAAUAAAAUCUGUUCUUUAGCAUAAUAAA